AUGACAAAGGAAGAUCAAGAGAAGCAAGAGUACUGCAUGAAUUGUGAGAAUCCUGCAAAAGGACCGUCAACAGUGGGCGGAGUUCGACCGCGGCUCCCGCCGGUGCCUCGGGCGGAGCUCAGCCUCGACUGUAUCCUCCUCGGCCGCGUCUCCUGGCGGCGCGGCAGGCAGAGGACCCCGGUGGCAGCGCUGGACCCCUCGGCGCGGCACGAGGUCGCGUCCUUCUCCGACCUCACGCGUGAGGAGUUCGAGGCGCGCCUCACGGGCAUCCGCGCCGGCGGUGGCGUCCAGCAGCUCGUGCGGGGAGCAUGCUUUCUGCCGCGCCGGCGUCGGAGGAGGAGGUGGCGUGCCUGCCGGCCAGCUUCGACUAGCGCAAGAAGGGCGCCGUCACCGGCAUCAAGAUGCAGGGCGCUUGCGGGUCGUGCUGGGUGUUCAGCACGACGGCCGUCGUCGAGGGCGCCAACAUCCUCGCCACCGGGAAGCUCCCUGCUCCUCCGUCUCCGGCUCCGCGCAUCCCGCCUCCCUACUCCUUCGACUCCCGGCCAUGGGGGCUGCCAGGCGCUAGAUCCGGCCACGGUGGAUCCAAAUCCAGUGCCACGGGCCCACAGUCAGGCAGUUUGGUGCGGCAGCCUCUUUGUCGCGGCAGCGACUAGGGCGAGCGGGCGCGGCGGCGGCUCCCCUCCUCCUCCGCCUCCUCCUCCUCCUCCUCCUUCCCCUCUGACCCCUUCCAUCGGACUCCAAGGUCAGCGCAAGCUAGGGAAGGUCCGGAUCCUGCCUCCUCCUCGUCAGCUAAAUCCGAGUGCCAUCGACAGGCCAUCCGAAUGGAUUACAAGAAUCGAAGAACCCAUAUGCAGAGAGAUGGAUGAACUUGCUUGCUUUGCUUCUGGUAUGCUGGCAUUAGGAGCCUCUGGUUAUGGUCCGGAAAAAUCUGAGCAAAUUAUGAAUCUUGCAAAAGAGCUUGCUAGGACCUGCUAUAAUUUCUACCAAACCACUCCCAUGAAGUUGUCUGGCGAGAAUUAUUUUUCCCAUGCUGGACAGGUAGUAUGGCAACCUGCAUUUUUCCUUUUGCCACAGCGGUGUUCAUUAUAGCACCUGAAGAAUCCCUGGAUUUUGAACUGCACCACAGCAGCUGCUCUAUUAUCCAUGUUCUUCUUUUGCCACCAUCGCUGUUCAUUAUAGAUGUUCUCUGUACAUCCAAUGCGGCCAUCUAAUCCCUUUAUUUUCGCUGUUCUCUUAGUAUUGUAAAAUGUGUGACAGAUAAAACUACUUUAGAAUGAUUCUGUACUUCAUGCUUAAUUUCUUAUGUACUAUACUCUUCCAAUUCUCUUUGCA